GGGGCAUGAACCACAAUGUCUGGGGCUUUCACCGUCUUCUCCCGCCACCCAUCGCAAUUCCGCGACCGGCGACCAGCGACCGGCGACCGGCGGCACUGUGGAUCCGGGUCCUCCGUGGGCUUUCAGGAAUCUGCCCCGCGCGCGGUCUACCAAACUAAAAUUUCUCUCUCCGCCAACUCGGUCAGGUUCACGAGUACGGCUUCAACAACAACUCAUCCCGCGCUACGGACGCCUCCGAUGGCAGGGAGGUCGGCCCCUUAUCCCCCGCGACUGUUCGUGACAAGCAUCACGGCUGAUUAAAAACACCUCGGCGCGCAUCAAUCUCUGAUCCACAACGAAUGCGAUCGAGAACCUGCACUUACACUCACUCAUGACCCUUUACGCAGUAGUAGUCUUCUAGCUCAA